AUGUCAGCUACAGAAAAGCAAAACCAAACCCGCAUUACAGAAUUCAUCCUCCUGGGAUUUGGCAAUUUACCUGACCUUCAGGUUCCUCUCUUCCUGCUCUUCCUGGUGAUCUACGUGAUGACAGUGAUUGGAAACAUUCUCGUCCUCCUGUUGGUGGCGGCUAAUCAGCAUCUCCACACCCCAAUGUACUUCCUCCUCAGUAACCUGUCCUGCUUGGAGACGUGCUACAGCUCCACCAUCCUGCCCAAGCUGCUGGCCAGCUUCCUGACAGGCAACAGAAGUAUUUCCUGCAGCAGCUGCAUGACACAGUUUUUCAUAUUUGCUUUUCUAGUUGGGGUAGAGUGUUAUCUCCUGGCAGUUAUGUCUUAUGACUGAUACUUAGCAGUGUGCAAACCUUUGUGUUACAUCACUGUAAUGAAUCACAAGCUUUGCACAGCACUCACUGCAGGGGCCUGGGUAAGUGGUUUUAUGAUCAGCUUUGUUAUCACACCGUUGAUGAUACAAAUGGUGUUCUGCAAUCGCAGUGAGAUUGACCAUUUCUUCUGUGACUUCAGCCCUGUGAUAAAAUGCUCCUGCAGUGACACAUUUCUGAUAGAAGCUUUAACGUCUUUGCUGGCUCCCACACGUACCACGCCGCCCUUUCUUUUUGCUGUAGCAUCCUGUAUUUUAAUUACCAUCACCGUCCUGAGAAUCCCUUCAGCUACAGGGAGGCAAAAGGCAUUUUCCACAUGCUCCUCUCAUCUCAUUGUGGUCACUCUUUUCUAUACAGCUCUCAUCCUUGUCUAUAUGUUACCAAAAACUUACAACCUCACAGCUUUUAACAAGUUGUUCUCUGUCUUCUACACUGUAGCGACACCCUUGGUGAAUCCACUUAUCUACUCCUUAAGAAACAAAGAAGUCAGAAGAGCCCUGGCAAAAGAAAUCCAGGCAUUUAUGGGUUUAUAUAAAUGA